CUCCUGCUCCAGCCCUGGAGAGCAGCCCUGGAGCCGCAGGAACAAGAUGCCCAUGAAGUUUAAUCUCUCCUAAGAGGGGAAAAAAACCCACAGAGAGAGACAAAACAAAAAACCCCAUGGAUCCUCUGUACUUCUCCAGCACGUUCAGCAUGGAGGCCGCUCCCGACCAGGCCAACUCGUCCCUGCUGCCCAACGGGACGGAGAACGGGACGCUGCCGGAGGUGCCACCGUUCCAGUACAUCCACAAGGUGCUCAUCCCCAUCUGCUACCUGCUGGUGUGCGCCCUGGGGCUGAGCGGCAACGCCCUGGUCAUCUACGUGGUGCUGCGGCACGCCAAGAUGAAAACGGUCACCAACAUCUACAUCCUCAACCUGGCCGUGGCCGACGUGCUCUUCAUGCUGGGCCUGCCCUUCCUGGCCACCCAGAACGCCAUCUCCUACUGGCCCUUCGGCUCCUUCCUCUGCCGCCUGGUCAUGACCGUGGACGGCAUCAACCAGUUCACCAGCAUCUUCUGCCUGACGGUGAUGAGCAUGGACCGCUACCUGGCCGUGGUGCACCCCAUCAAAUCCACCAAGUGGAGACGCCCCAGGGUGGCCAAGCUCAUCAGCGCCACGGUCUGGACCUUCUCCUUCUUGGUGGUGCUGCCCGUGAUCAUCUUCUCGGACGUGCAGGAGGAUUUCCAGACGUGCAACAUGAACUGGCCGGAGCCGGUCAACGUCUGGUCGGCGGCGUUCAUCAUCUACACCUCGGUGCUGGGCUUCUUCGGGCCGCUGCUGGUCAUCUGCCUGUGCUACCUGCUGAUCGUGGUCAAGGUGAAGUCCUCGGGGAUCCGCGUGGGCUCCACGCGGCGCCGCCGGUCGGAGCGGAAGGUCACCAGGAUGGUGGUGAUCAUCGUGGUGGUCUUCGUGUUCUGCUGGCUGCCCUUCUACACCAUGAACAUCGUCAACCUGAUCCUCAUCCUGCCCGCCGACCCCGUCCUCGAGGGGCUCUACUUCUUCAUGGUGGUGCUGAGCUACGCCAACAGCUGCGCCAACCCCAUCCUCUACGGCUUCCUCUCCGACAACUUCAAGCAGAGCUUCCAGAAGGUUCUCUGCCUCCGCAAGGGCGAUGGAGCGGAGGACGGAGAGCCCGUGGAGCACAGGCAGGAGAACAGCAGCCGCCUGCAGGAGUCCAUGCUGACCCAGAGGAACGUGGAGUUCAACGGGCACAUGCAGACCAGCAAGGUCUGAGGGCAUGGCCUGGCACUGCAGAGUCCCCUGGAGGACCUGGGGACAUCAAGCAGGGCAUGGCCUGGCACUGCAGAGUCCCCUGAAGGACCUGGGGACAUCAAGCAGGGCAUGGCCUGGCACUGCAGAGUCCCCUGGAGGACCUGGGGACAUCAAGCAGGGCAUGGCCUGGCACUGCAGAGUCCCCUGGGAGGCCUUGGGGACAUCAAGCAGGGCAUGGCCUGGCACUGCAGAGUCCCCUGGAAGACUUGGGGACAUCAAGCAGGGCAUGGCCUGGCACUGCAGAGUCCCCUGGAGGACCUGGGGACAUCAAGCAGGGCAUGGCCUGGCACUGCAGAGUCCCCUGGAGGCCUUGGGGACAUCAAGCAGGGCAUGGCCUGGCACUGCAGAGUCCCUGGAGGACCUGGGGACUUUAAUGAGGGCAUGGCCUGGCACUGCAGAGUCCCCUGGAGGACUUGGGGACAUCAAGCAGGGCAUGGCCUGGCACUGCAGAGUCCCCUGGAGGACCUGGGGACUUUAAUGAGGGCAUGGCCUGGCACUGCAGAGUCCCCUGGAGGACUUGGGGACAUCAAGCAGGGCAUGGCCUGGCACUGCAGAGUCCCCUGGAGGACUUGGGGACAUCAAGCAGGGCAUGGCCUGGCACUGCAGAGUCCCCUGGAGGACUUGGGGACUUCAGUUCAUGCAAAAGGAAAAUGUGGAGCCCCAGAAGCUCCCACAAAUGCUCACAGAGGGCUCUUCCUUGCUUUUCCCAGCUGGAAGUGCCAAGCUCUGGUGGUGUCCUGGUGGAUCUGAUGUCUGGGACCACUUUGGGUCCUCCAGGGAAUGAUUUCCAGGCUUUGUACCCCUCUAGCCAUGCAAACAACACUAAGCCAGCUCUAAUUCUCUUGUUAAGUUUGGUUUAAGGCUGCUUUGUACUGCUGGGAUCUGCUCUGAGCAGCAAACAGCUCAGCUGGGAUCUUUGGGAAUUCUUCAAGGGGAUUUCUGAAUGGAAAAUGAGAUUUCUUCAGAGUUUCAUGCAAAAAAGGCACCAGCACUGCUCUGGAAACGGGUUCUGGUGUGCUGGGUGCUGCCUUUGCUUUGUUUUCCUGCCAUUAACCCAUCCCAGGGAGCCAGAACAGCCAGGAACCCUUCAAACAAAGCCAGAAAGAUUAAAAAAAAACCAAGAUUAGGAAAACACUCUGGAAAGGAAUCAAUGCAGCCACGACAUUUCCACCUUCCCACGCCAUGAAAUGUGCUGUGACCCCGCUGUUGUGAUGGCAGUGCUGAUGGCCGUGGGCUCCUGGGGAGAUUGGGUGUCCAUCCCUUGGUUCUGAGCGCAAGUCUGGACUCAAAGCUGUGUUUUCAGACACCAAACCCAGCUCAAUCCCCUCUGAGCAAAAGUUUGGACUCAAAAUUGUGUUUUCAGACGCUAAACCCAGCUCAAUCCUGUCUGAGUGUAAAUCUGGACUCAAAGCUGUGUUUUCAGAAAUUAAACCCAGCUCAAUCCCCUCCUGACUGGUGCACUUGCCAGGGGGUGUUUUUGCCUCAAUCCUGGAGGUUUUUCCCAACUUUAAUGAUUCCAUCAUUCCAUUUGUUCUGUUGGAUGUGACACUCACAUUCCCAAUGUCAGGAACUCACCAAGGCACAAGCACAGAGCCUGGCUGGGACCAUGAGUAAUUUACUCCCAGGUUUCUCCCAGUAGCAGGCAGUGCCCACCUGCUCUACAGCACAUUCCAAAUCCCAGCACAGCCAGGUUUAGCUGAUUAAUUAAUAAAAUUAUCUUUUCCCAUAGGUUUGGUGUGAGCUGGGCGGUGAUUCCCUCAGUUUUCCACCUGAAAUGAUCCCUCUGGAGAGGGAAAUGACGGGAAAGCUCAAGGCUGGGGCAGGAAAAUCUGCUUUGGAAAAAAAAAAGAAAAAGAUUUUAAUAAAUUCAGAUUUCUGGGAAGGAGCUAAACCCUGUUUUGGGCAGAGCAAAGAGCAUUUGUGCCCUCCUUCCAUGGAGUUUGAUCAUAUCCUUGGAAUUAAAGGGAAUCAAAUCCAAGGGAAGUUUUAUCCAGAGGGAACAGACUCUGGAAAGGAGGUGGAUAAACCUGGGCCUUGUUUUCCACCUGCCCCAGACCAAUCCCACCUCUUUUCCCCAGAUCAGGAUGGGGAUCCCAAUUCCCAGAAAACAGAAAUUCCAGCCAGCCCAUCCAACAUUCCCAGUGGUAAUGCUGCAAUCCAUCAUAUUCAUGGAUAAAUUUAGGAAAGCUCUCAAUGCCCCAAUUCCCAGGAAAAUUCCCUUUCCAAGCAGCAGCUCCCUGGGGAAUUCAGUGCCAUGGGAAUGCUGCUUUGGAGGAGUUAUUUUUAUUUUUUUCCUGGCCCAAGGAAUUUUUUCUGGGAGCAGCUCCUGCAGAUCAUCUCUCCCAGUGCCACCCAGCCUUUGCUCCAUGGGAUUCCCUCCCCAUCCUAACAAAUCUUUCCUCAGCUCUGUGCCUUGGGAAGAAGCUCUGCUGGCUUUUCCCCGCAUCCCAAACGCCAUUCCUGCGUUCUCCUGGCAGCUUGGCAGAGGAAUUUUGAGGAGCCAGCUGAGCUGC